CGUACGUAGGGGCAGGAGAGGAGCAGACUUAUUUUAUUUUAAUUUCAUUCGGUUUGUCAAGUCAAGUGAGAUCAUUUUAUUAGGUUAGAAUUUAGAAAUUAGAAUUUAUAACCGGAGGAAUCGAAUUGCCUGAAGCAAUAUUAGUUAUGUUUAAUUUUUAUUUGUAAAAUCACUGUGCCGAGUAAAUUAUUUAUAAGCUUGGUUCCCUAAAUAACCUAAGGUGUUUUAGUUUGAGGGCUAAGUUUAACAAUAUUUUAGGUUUUUAAACAAUACUUGAUUUUUCUUACCCUUCAAAAUGCCCAAAAAGAAGACAGGUCAGAGAAAGAAGGCAGAAAAACAGAAACUUAGACAAAAAGAAAUUAGAACUGCUAAAGACAAUGUAGAUUUAGCUAAGCAACCAUGCAAUUCCUCAAUGGAAUGUGAAAGAUGCCAUAGGAAACAGAAAAACAGAGCGUUCUGCUACUUCUGUCAGAGUGUUCAGAGGUUGCCUCAGUGCGCUCAGUGUGGCAAGAUCAAGUGUAUGCUCAAAACUGGAGAUUGUGUGAUCAAACAUGCUGGAGUGUUUACUACAGGAUUGGGGAUGGUGGGAGCGAUCUGCGACUUCUGUGAGGCGUGGGUGUGUCACGGCCGCAAGUGCCUGACUGUGCACGCCUGCACAUGCGUGCUGCAGGAUGCUGUGUGCGCAGAAUGUGAGCGUGGAGUCUGGGACCACGGAGGACGGAUAUUCAAGUGUUCCUUCUGUGACUCGUUUCUUUGUGAGGACGACCAGUUUGAACACCAAGCCUCAUGUCAAGUCCUCGAGUCUGAGAAUUAUAAGUGCCAGUCGUGUAAUAAACUAGGUCAGUACUCUUGUUUGAGAUGCAAGACCUGCUACUGUGAAGAUCACGUCAGAAGAAAAGGUUUCAAGUACGACAAGAACAAAGGCAUUCCUUGCCCAAAGUGUGGCUACGAGACUUCACAGACGAAGGACCUCAGCAUGUCCACUCGCAGUCACAAAUUUGGACGCCAAGGUCAAGCUGGGAUGGAUGAUUACGAUGAUGAAGAUGGAUACGAAGCAUCUGGCUACAGUGGUUACAAUGGUUACGGCGGCGGAGGUGCAGCUGAUUCUGAAGAAGACGAUGAUGAUUAUGAUGAAUCAGAUGAAGAAACUGAUGACGAUGAUGAAGAUGAAGAUGAGGACGAAGAAGAUGAAGAGAGUGAAAAGAAGGAUUGAUGAUAGCAAAUGUUAGUUAAUAGAAAUAAAAUGGAACUUUUAAAAGAUAAA